AUGUCAAAACAAGGAAAAAGAAAAAUCACUGUCGAAUUACCGAAAACAAAGGACCUAGCGAAUAGACCUAGUGUUUUUGAGCGACUCGGUACCAAAAAAAAUUCCAGUACAAGUGCUAAAAAAACAAGUGAAUAUUGUAGACAGUGGGCACAACACGGCAGUUGCGCAUAUGGUAAAAAUUGCAAGUUUGCUGCUACUCAUACUCUAAUAAGUCCAUCAAAACAACGUGCGGCAAAUAAGGAAAGUGAGCAUAAACGUUUGUUAAAAGAUGAUCCUAAAAGUAGACUACAUUCGACCGUCGUAGUUAGAACCGGUCGCAGCCCUGACGGAGAAAUUGAUAAUUGGGAUCAAAAUGACCUAGAAUAUGCUGACACCGAUGUGUUAGAGAAAAGAAGGCAACAAUUGCAACGUGAAUUAGAAUUGCAACUAAAAAUGGACUCGAACAAAGAUAUUCGUAAAGACAAGAAAAAAAUUGUAUCAAGCUCCUCAUCGUCGAGAAGCUCCAGUUCGUCUAGUGUCUCAUCAUCUUCUUCAGGCGGUACUACAUCUUCUUCUUCAUCUGGCAGAGAUGCAAAGAGAAAAAUUAAAAAAGGAAAACUUAAAAGGAAUUCUAGUUCAUCAUCAGACGGUGAAACACCAUCCAAAAAGAGAUUACUCAAAAAUGAUUCGUUAAAACGAGAUAAAAGUCAGUCAAAAAAGCCCAGUAUUAAAAAGGAUGACAAGGUUUUAAAGAAAAAUGAGAUAAAUAAGAAAAAAACAUUUACAAAGACAGCACUGGGGAAAAAAUCACUUUCACCAGGAAAGAAAUCUGGUGGUACGCCACCAAUUACAUCUAAGAGUCUUAUAACAAAAAAUACAUCAAAGCAUGCUAAGUCUCCUCAAAGAAGGGAAAGGAAUAGAAGUACAUCACCACAUUCGGUAAGAGAUAGAGAUAAAGAUAGGGAUCGAAACAAAGAAAAAGAGAGGGACAAAGAAAGAGAAAAAGAUAGGGAUCGCAUCAGAGGACGCAGCAGAUCUCCUAAAAAAGGUAGAUCUAGAUCACCACGUAGACAUGGGUCCCUUCUUAAAGAUCCAAGACGAAAAGAUAGCUCUGAAAGAAGUAGACCAGUCUCUCCGAAAAAGCAAAUAAGAAGAGAUGGCAGUUCCGAAAGACACAGAAAGAGGUCUGCAAGUAGAGAUAGAGAUAGAGUUCGUGAUCAUAAAGACAGAUCAUUAGAAAGAAGAAAAGAUAAACAUGAUGAAAAAGAUAGGCAUGACAGAAAGGAUAGAGGACGAGAUCGAAAUAAAGAUAUAAAAAGAGAUGAUAAUAAACGCAGAGGUCGUGAUAGAGGCUUAGGAGGAAGAGGUGGAUCUGAUAAAGGUUUAGAAAAACCAAAUAAACCUAUGGAAAGGCUCUUACCACGACCGGAGGAACGUUUAGCAGCUUUAGCAGCUAUUUCAAAUAGAACAUUAGAAAGUGAUAAAAAUUCCACUGCUUCAAAAGAUCGACAAGAUACUCAUUCUGAAAGAGGUGGGAGAAAACAAGAUAGACUUGAAAGAGAUCGCUCUAUUAAGAGAGACAGAUUAAACAGCUUAGAAAGAGAACCAGGUGAUUAUGAAUUAGGCGUAGAACGUCAAUAUGAUCAUGGUCAUAACAUAGAACAUUACGACAGAAUAGACGACCGUUUUGAAGGUGUCCCAAGAGAAGGUGAUAGAUCCCCUGGUUAUAAUAUCCAAGGCAGAGAAAGACAUUAUGAUCCUGGAUAUGAUAUACCUGUGCCACCUCGUGGAUACCCCGAGGAUGAAGAAAGAAUGUAUGGUGAACCAAUGGGCGAUCAUCGUGGUGUUGAUAUAGGUUAUGAAGAUCGUCGGCCACAUCGUGAUCAUUCAUGGGAAGGCCGUUCAGGCUCAAUAGACCGUGGUGAGCGAGGAUAUAUACAUCCCCAUAAAGAUUGGGAUAAUGAAGAUUAUCGAGGUCCAGGAGAUUGGGGUAGGGACCGGCAUUGGCCCAUUCAUGACCCUCAGAUGACUGAAUGGGGUGAUAAAGAUCCUGAUAUGGAAGGUUGGCAUCAUCGUGGUCAUCCUCCUGGUCCACAUCGUGGUCGUGUUCAUGAUGAUUAUAAUCGUGGAAUGCGGAUGGAUCAUGGCAGAAAUGAUAACAAUAAACGUCGUGGCCUCAGAACGGAACCUGAAACUGCAGUUAAAGAAACUCCACCUCCUGUGCAGCCUGCGGCUGUUUCAAGUCAUGAGGAAGUUGAAGUUGAAGAUAAACCUGUACCUGACGACCUCAGUGAAAUAAGCGAUGAUCCUGAUGAUAUUUUAGAACGGGAUGAUAUGUUAGAUCAAAAUAUGGAUGAAGAUAGUCAAGUAGAACAGACAGCGGAUGAUAUUGCUAUGAAACCUGAUGGCUCUGAAAAGGAAUCCACACAGGAUACCAGUGGGGUUGGCGAAGAAAAAGAAUCACAGGAAGGUAAAGAAGAUGAAGAUGUGACUAAUUUAGAUUUUGAAGAAAUAUCUGAUGGAGAACUUGAAGAAGAAAGAACACGAGCCGGGUUAGGUGAUGCAUUGGGCGUGGACUGGGCAAGUUUGGUUGCUGAUGCGCGCCGACGCGAACAAGUUCCCCCCACUGGAGGUGCGCGCGAUCGUUGGCGACCUGAAAGGGUACUGGCCCGGCUUGGUCUGUCUUUACAUAUGGCUGGCAAAGAUACAGUACAGAGCAUAUUAAAUAAGAAUGCAGAGACUCUUCAAAUAGAAAAGAAUAAAAUAGACUCUAAUACUGAGAAAAAUAAAAUACAAAAUGGCUUAUCUGAGAACACUGAAAAACAAAAUGUAUCACCAGAUGUUAAUUCCUUGCAUCCAGUUGCUUCAAUACAGGUUGCCACAGAAAAGAGAAAAAGGCAGCGAGCAGUUCUUUUUGGAUCUGGUUGUGAAAUUACGCGUGGGUUAAGCGCAAGACGUGAUUUAGCUUUACGAAGAUAUUUAUGUCAUUUACCAGCAGCAGAACGGACUGGCCAAUCUCGUGUAACACCACAACCUUCAUUAUUCCAUGCUGCUCGAGCUUUACUGAUGCAAGAACCAGUAACUGGCUGA